AUGGCUCAGCAGCGCCAUGCCAUCCCCCCGCCACUCAAGACAGAGGAGGACUACAUCCCCUACCCCAGCGUGCAUGAGGUGCUGGGCCGGGAGGGGCCGUUCCCCCUCAUCCUCCUGCCGCAGUUCGGGGGUUACUGGAUUGAGGGCACCAACCACCAGCUGAGCGGGGCCCCUGAAUCGCCCCCCACUCCGGCACCUGGCACCCGGGCAAAGCUGGAGGGCAACCACACGGCCAAGAUCUACCGCAAGCACUUCCUGGGCAAGGAGCACUUCAAUUACUACUCCCUGGACCCGGCGCUGGGACACCUCGUCUUCUCCCUCAAGUACGACGAGCAGGAGCACCUCCACCUGCUGCUGCGCACCCGUGCCCGCACCCUGCAUGAUGUGGUGCCCAUCUCCUGCCUGGCCGAGUUCCCCAACGUGGUGCAGAUGGCCAAGCUGGUGUGCGAGGACGUGAACGUGGAUCGCUUCUACCCUGUGCUCUAUCCCAAGGCAUCCCGCCUCAUCCUCGCCUUUGACGAGCACGUGCUCAGCAACCACUUCAAAUUUGGGGUCAUCUACCAAAAACUGGGGCAGACCUCCGAGGAGGAGCUUUUCGGCACCACGGAGGAGAGCCCGGCCUUCGCCGAAUUCCUCGAGGUCCUGGGUCAGCGGGUGCAGCUGCGGGACUUCAAGGGGUUCCGAGGGGGGCUGGAUGUGACCCACGGACAGACAGGCAGCGAGUCGGUCUAUUGCCACUUCCGUGACAAGGAGAUCAUGUUCCACGUCUCCACCAAACUGCCCUACACCGAGGGGGAUGCCCAGCAGCUGCAGCGGAAGCGUCACAUCGGCAACGACAUCGUGGCCAUCGUCUUCCAGGAUGAGAACACACCGUUCGUCCCCGACAUGAUCGCCUCCAACUUCCUCCACGCCUUCGUGGUGGUGCAGCUGGAGCAGGGGGGCUCCCAGGGCACCCUCUACAAGGUCUCCGUCACCGCCCGUGACGACGUGCCCUUCUUCGGCCCGCCGCUGCCCGACCCCGCCGUCUUCAGGAAGGGCCCCGAGUUCCAGGAGUUCCUGCUGACCAAGCUCAUUAACGCCGAGUACGCCUGUUACCGAGCUGAGAAGUUCGCCAAGCUGGAGGAGCGGACGCGGGCGGCGCUGCUGGAGACGCUGCACGAGGAGCUGCAGGCUCGCAGCCAGGCCAUGCUGGGGCUCGGCCCCGACGACGAGCGCCCCGACAACGGCGGCGCCGCCCCGGGCUUCUUCGAGUCCUUCAAGUCGCUGCUGGUGCCCGGGAGCCGCCGGGGACGCCGCGGCAGCGCCAUCGGGCUGGGCUCGGUGGAAGAGGUGGGUACCUCGCUGUCCCCGCUCGGUGUCCCCCCGGUUCCCGGUGUCCCCCCGGUUAACGGCGCCCCGCAGGCGCUGCUGGUGCCUGCGCCGGUACCGGCCCCGCCGCUGUCCCCUCCCGCUGUCCCCUCCCGCUGUCCCCUCCCGCUGUCGCCUCCCGCUGUCGCCUCACUGCCGUCGUCUCCCCGCAGGGACGGCUCCGCAGCCGCCGACGGCUCCAGCUCCACACACAGCUCCCCCGAGAGCCGCCGGAACCCCGACAGGGCCGAGAAGCCAGAGGCGCCGGAUUUCUCCCGCUCCUCCUCCAGCGCCAGCAGCUUCGGCAGCGCCGCGGAGGAGCCGGGCGAGCCCGGACGGGAGAGCCGCUCGCCCUCGGGGAGCCACCGCGACGCCUUCACUGACACUCCGUGGCCAGAUGACCCCCCCGGAACCCCCCCAGGCCGUUGCCCGCCUGACCCCCCCUGCCCUGAGAUCAAAAUCCAGCUGGAGCAGCCCCCCCCUAAUCCGGGCUCAUAG